AUGCUUCGGCGUAUAAGACAUCACUCGAUGGGUGCCCCGAUCCUUGCCAGUUCAGAUGACCAGGACCUACGUCUACCCGCCUUACAGGAAAACAGCUCCGCUCUCCUAAUCGGUGACGAGGUCGUUGUAGCAACCUCUGUAUCCUCAUCCGAUGAGCUAAUCAGGGCAUUACGUUGCCAAGUCCGUCAGCUAGAGGAGGCACAAGAACGUAGCUCCCGCUUGAACAACUGGCUCCUGGCAAGUCUGGGCGUUCUGUUGGCCUUCCGAUUUUUCAGAUCCUUAAUCUAA